AUGAAAAAUCGUGGUGGACGGGCUUGGUUAGUUUUACCCUUAAAGCAAACUUGCUGGAGGAGCCGGAGGCUGCAUGUGAGCUACGCAAGCACAGCCCCACCAGGCGCCUCUGAUACCUCUCACUCCUGCAACCGCAAACACAACCCCCGCCCGUACAAGAACAGCAGCAAACUCAGGCCAGCCGCACAGCAGCAAACUCAGGCCAGCCGCACAGCAGCAAACCCAGGCCAGCCGCACAGCAGCAAACCCAGGCCAGCCUCACAGCAGCAAACCCCGGUCAGCCGCACAGCAGCAAACCCAGGCCAGCCGCACAGCAGCAAACCCAGGCCAGCCGCACAGCAGCAAACCCAGGCCAGCCGCACAGCAACAAACCCAGGCCAGCCGCACAGCAGCAAACCCAGGCCAGCCGCACAGCAGCAAACCCAGGCCAGCCGCACAGCAGCAAACCCAGGCCAGCCGCACAGCAGCAAACCCAGGCCAGCCGCACAGCAGCAAACCCAGGCCAGCCGCACAGCAGCAAACCCAGGCCAGCCGCACAGCAGCAAACCCAGGCCAGCCGCACAGCAGCAAACCCCGGCCAACAUAGUGACACGGGAGUGGGCCGCCCCACGUCACCACGAUGACUGGAGGGUGGAUGGUCCUGCACAGGAGAGCGUGGACGUGCAUGUAACAUAUGUUCACAUUUUUUCUAUAUAA